AAGCGAAUCGCACCCUCGAAUAUUCAACAUCUUCCUCUCUCUUCUUUCUCUCACUAGUCGCUAAACAAAAUAUAUACCCUCGCAUCAAAGAUUCGUUUUUGUACGCGACGCCCCGACUUCGAUACUUUCCCUCUUUUCUUUCUUUGAUCAGUUGAUUUCUCUUCUCCUUCCUCUAAUCCCUCCCACUGUAAUUAAACAAAUACCAUUAUCACUCACUCUCUCUCUCUCUAGAUUUUUGUUUUCUUUUUGUUUUGUUUGGACCGUCUUUAGUAGGAUUAUUCCGUUUCCUGAUUCUACUUAGAUCCCUUAUUCUCAUCUCAUAUUCUUUCCUCCUUUCCCUUUCCUUCUUGUUGGUCCGGAUCUAUCUAUGCUCAGUCCAAAACUCAUUUCUUCUUAUAAUCUGAUCCCUCUUCGAUCUCCAUCAUCGUCAUUAAUUAGUCGUAAUCACUGAUUAAUUAGCGUUAACCGUCUCCUUUUUUUUUUCUUAAAGAAAAAAUGGAUUAUACAGAGAAGUUACAGAGAUGCCAUGAAUAUGUAGAAGCAUUGGAGGAAGAAAGGCGUAAGAUUCAAGUCUUUCAGCGCGAGCUUCCGUUGUGUUUAGAGCUUGUCACGCAAGCGAUUGAGGCAUGUAAGAGGGAGUUAUCCGGUACUACGACGGAGUAUAUGCAUGGUCAAUCAGAGUGCUCUGUACAAACUUCUAGUGACGGAAUAGCCACUCGGCCGCCGGUGUUGGAGGAGUUUAUUCCGAUCAAGAGAACUCAUUCUUCUUCUGAUAAUGAUUAUGAAGAAGAAGAAGAAGAAGAUGAUGAUGAUGAUAAUGAAAAUGAUGAUAAAGAACACCAUUCGCAUAAUAAGCGAAACGAUAAGAAUAUCAAGGACAAGGAUAAGAACAGCAGUGCUGAUCAUAAGAAGAAAUCUGAUUGGCUUAGAUCUGUCCAGUUAUGGAAUCAAUCAGCAGAUCCACCUCUCAAAGAGGAUUUGCCUAGAAAGAUAGCCGUGUCAGAGGUGAAGAGAAAUGGAGGUGCAUUUCAGCCAUUUCAGAAAGAGAAAAGUGUAGGGAAGAAUAAUCAGACCAUAACUAAAACUCCAUCUCCAGUACCGGCUUCGGCAACCAGUUCAACGGAGGAGACUAAAACUGGAGGAACUGGUAAUGGUAGUGGAAAUGGUGGUGGUGGAAGUGGCAAAAAAGAUGAGAAAGAAAGUAGUCAAAGAAAACAACGACGGUGUUGGUCACCGGAGUUGCAUAGACGGUUCUUGCAUGCUCUUCAACAACUUGGUGGUUCACAUGCUGCAACUCCAAAACAAAUCAGAGAGCUAAUGAAGGUGGAUGGAUUAACUAACGAUGAAGUCAAGAGUCAUUUACAGAAAUAUCGUUUGCAUACAAGAAGACCAAGCCCUACAAUUCACAAUAAUAACAAUCCACAAGCACCUCAAUUUGUAGUUGUCGGUGGGAUAUGGGUGCCACCAGCUGAUUACGCCACGGUGGCAGCCGGAACAACAACAACAUCAGGGGAAACGGCCACCAUAGCCGCAGCCAACGGCUUAUAUGCACCAGUGGCUUCACGGCCACCAGCGUCUUCACAUUUGGUACAAAAGCUGGAACAUACACAAUCAGAAGGAAGGGACAGUCGUAGUGAAGGCAGCCCCGUCCACAGCCGUGGUGGUCGGUCUAAUUCCCCUGCCACGUCAUCCUCCACACAUACUACCACAAAUUCUCCUUUGUUUUGAUCAUUUUUCGUAAGAUGAGAUCAACAUAGUGUAAAAUUUUGUUACCAAAUAAUAGAAAAAGCAUAUCACAUUAGCUAUUUAUGUAUGUAAUUUUUUUUUUUUUUUUUUAAAGAAUUUUGUAUCGUGAGAAGAACUAGAUAGUAACUGUGAGCUUUGAAUAAAAAUGGAUCGGGUCCUCCUUGUAUUGUAUUUCAUAAAAAAUGCUGCCUAAUUCUGGAAAUGAGAAUCACGAAUUUCUUUUC